AUGCCGGUCGAGAUUACUCGUCUCAUCGCCAUCGAAAUUGUGAGGGCCCGCGGUAUCAAGCGCGCUCUGCGCCUACGCCGUGUCAAUCGCUCAUGGGACCACGAGAUCGUGGAAGCCAUAGUGGAAUCAGGAAUACUCGAGGAAAACCCCAAAAAGAAGGCUUAUUGGACUCCUUUCAAGGCCAAGUACGUCAUGCACAAGCUGCAGCAGCGCGAAGCCCUACUAUCGCGGGGGCUCCGCAUCUUACGCAAGGCCGCACAACGUCUCGUGGCCCUUCGAACGGGCAAACCGGAGUCCGAGACUCGAGAGGAAAUCCAAGAAGUCCUGUGGGAGUUUUGCAAGGUCACACAAGAUUUCUGCCGAGAUACCGAGGAUUCCUGGUUUGAGGUGCCCGAAGAGAUAGAAACCAUUGAUGAGUCGGGCGAGGCUUUCAGAGGAACUCUGGUUGCUGGCGCCGUCGCAUUAAACGAUCUGCAUCUCCUCCGGCAAGUGCUUCCGUUAGUGGAAGACCAAGACAGUGAGCAUUUGAUCUACAUGCAAACGGACAUGGAAGAUUGGGUUCUCGGCUGGCCGCUAGAUAUUGCGGCCUACAGAGGUUACGCCGAAGCGCUGCGCAUGCUGUUUGAGGUUUUGCAACACCGCUUGGGAUUCAGAAAUGCAUGUUCAACGGCAUUGGAGUGUGCCAGCGCAGCCAGUCAGAUUGAGACAGUCAAGCUCUCUCGAUAUCCCCUUGGCGAUUCAACUUGCGACUACCCAUACGAGUAUUUCCUGUCAGAAAUGGAAAAGAAAACCCCCGAAGUAUUCGACUGCCUCUAUGAGUGGCACAAAGACAACUUACUCAGGGCUCAUUACACGUAUAACCCUGGGGACAUCCGGAAUGCAGAAUACGCGCGGUCAGAACUUCGAUCUCAGGCGUACAUCUGGGCAACCUCAUGUGGCAACCUGCCCAUGAUGAAGUACCUUGUUGCCAAUCACGGAGUCCCGCCCAAGCUUGAUGAUCGACUUCCCGAUGACGAAGACACAUUUCACACAUGGAUGAGCGUUGUCGCAGUCGGAGGGUAUGACGAUGUCAUGGAGCUUUUGCUGGAAAACGGGCAAGAGAUCAGCUCCCAAUCACUCGAGUAUGCUUGCCGCCACGGAAACCCCGCUUGUGUAAGAAUUCUCCUUGACCACGGCGCCAAAGACGCUUUCAAACCAGGGAGUGCUCUGCUCGAGGCCGUCAAGGGAGAACACGAACAAGCGUUGCGUCUACUCGAGUCGGACGGUUCGGUGAGCGAUGAUCACAGGAAACAAGCGCUGGAACUCGCGGAGAAAGAAAGCUUGGAGUCAAUGGCUCAGCUCAUCAAGCAGUACAUGUAG